ACCGCCGCUGACCACAUCCUCUUCCUGAUUAGCAGGGAAAGUACACCGCUCAGACACAAAGGUGCACCACCACCACCACCACCUCCACGUUUUCAAUCUCGUGAAGGACACCAACACCGGAUGCAUGAGGAACACCCUCACCCUCCUCCCUCCGUAGCGAUGCUUCCCGAGUGAGCGUCAGCGCCGCCGUCGGGCCAUCAUGAGCGUGACUACGGGCGACGACCCCGACGCGGAGCACCACGCCGAGCUGGCCGACAUGGUGGCGGCUAUGAACGUCGUCGCCGUGACAUCGGGCUGCGCCGCCGCGCCCAGCAACAACAGCUACCGACCGGCCGCCGCCCGCCGGGCCCGCCUCUCCGACAGGAAGUUGUCCCUGCAGGAGCGCGGCGGAUGCGUCGUCAGGCAGCCCACCGUCGAGACCAAGAGGGUGUCCAUCACUGACUCCGAGGACUUUGUGCAGCUGAACCAGUACAAGCUCAAGAAAGAGAUUGGAAAGGGUUCGUACGGUGUGGUGAAACUGGCUUACAAUGAAGACUCUGAACAGUAUUAUGCCAUGAAGGUUGUUUCAAAGAAGAAGCUCAUGAAGCAGUUUGGUUUUCUGCGUCGCGUGGCGCCCCACCACCAGGAGGCCUUCCCCAAAGCCUCCAUGCCCUUGCAGAUGAUCUACCGCGAGAUCGCCAUCCUCAAGAAGCUCCACCACCACAACGUGGUCAAGCUGGUCGAGGUGCUUGAUGAUCCCGAUGAAGACGGCCUUCACAUGGCCUUUGAACUGAUGACCAAAGGGCCGGUGAUGGAGGUGCCCACAGAUGAGCCGCUGACGGAAGAGGAAGCUCGCUUUUACUUCAGAGACCUCGUGUUGGGCAUUGAGUAUCUGCACUACAACAAAAUCAUCCACCGGGACAUCAAACCGUCCAACCUUCUCCUCGGCGACGACGGCCACGUGAAGAUCGCCGACUUCGGCGUGAGUAACGAGUUCGAGGGAGCGGACGCGCUGCUGUCCAGCACGGCCGGCACGCCCGCCUUCAUGGCGCCCGAGACCAUGGAGGAGCACCAGCGAGAGUUCAGCGGGAAGGCGCUGGACGUGUGGGCAAUGGGGGUGACGCUCUACUGCUUCGUCUACGGGAAGUGUCCUUUUUAUGACGAAUACAUCGUGUCUCUGUACAACAAGAUCAAGAACAAGCCUGUGGAAUUCCCGCAAACCCCUCGGAUCAGCGAGGAGCUGAAGCAUCUCGUUGUCAACAUGUUGGACAAAAACCCCCAAAGCAGAAUCAGCGUCCCGAAGAUCAAACUCCACCCGUGGGUGACCGAGUCGAGCGCCCGCCCGCUGCCACUGGAGGAGGACCACUGCACGGCCGUGGACGUGACGGACGAGGAAGUUCAGAACAGCGUCACGCUGGUCUCCAGCCUCUCCGCCGUGAUCCUGGUGAAGUCCAUGCUCAGGAAGCGCUCGUUCAGCAAUCCCUUCGAAUGCCAGGCCAGACGGGCGGAGAGGUCCAUGUCUGCCCCUGGUGGUCUUCUCAUAAUAUUUGCAUUGGACAUGGACGUGAGGACGAUGGUCUGUUCCUUGCAGCGGUUCCUGGGGUCUUUUGGGGUCUUCGGCUCAGCUUCAUCCUUCUUUGAGGAACGCCAGCCGCGACGGUAGCCGGGACGGCGAGCUGGAGGACUUGUACGAAGACGAGGCAUUCGCAGAGUGCACGGACCCCGCCCAGACCUGAGGCCGCUGGCCUUGUUGUUGUUGCGGUGUUGUCACGGUUACGCGCGUAGCGCAAAAGAUUAGCCACGCGGGAAGCGAUUUCAAUACAUGCACAGGCUAGCGUUAGAUUGUAAUGGAUUGUUAACAAAACCUAAAAGAAAUGCUGUGUAAAGAAUAACUGUUUACAUUUUCCUACAAGAAUAAAAAGAUGUCAGCCGG